CACAACAGAGACAAGUAAGGGUCUUGGAGGAAGGAAGAGGCAGGGACAGGAAGGAGAUGCCACCUAAGACCAAACAAAAAGGGACAAAAGCUGGGGCCCAGAAGAAGAAAAGGAGUGCAGGUGCUGGUGUGGAGGCUGAAUCCAUGCUCAGGCUGGCGCUGCUGGAAAAGGAGGUGCUCCAAGACCGCUUGGCUCUGCAGAGGGAUGAAGCCCGCCGAGCCAAGGCUUCUGAAGACCAGCUGAAGCAGAGGAUCAGAGACCUGGAGGCUGAACUGGAGGGGGCCCGGAGCGAAGGGAAGGCCAUAUAUGCAGAGAUGAGUCGUCAGUGCCGGAGCCUGCAGGCGGCAAUGCAGAGUCGCAGCAGGCAGCUGGAGGAAGAAGUGAAGGGCCUGCGCGAGCAGUUAGAAUUGUGCCAGAGGGAGGCUGAGACUGCACAGAGGGAGGCCAAGCAGGCCCUCGGAGAGCGGGACCGGACUCUGGCUCAGCUUCGGGCCCACGUGGCAGACAUGGAGGCCAAGUAUGAGGAAGUCUUACAUGACAGCCUGGACCGGCUCCUGGCUAAGCUGAGAGCUGUGAAGCCUCAGUGGGACGGGGCUGUGCUGAGACUCCACGCCAGGCUCAAGGAGCAGCUCUGCCAGUUUGGACAACCCCCUGGAUCUUUGAGGCUGUGAGUCUUUAGUCUCUGGGGCCCUCUGAGACCCCAGCAAUAAAGCUGUCUUGAUGUAGACCUCA